AGAAAUCACGAAAAUUCAUGUGUGUCAGCUCUCUCUAUUAAAAAGCGCUGGAGAGAGCUGCGGACCUGUGGGGAAAUUGCCUGUUUCCCCGGGCUACUUUUAAACCUGUUUGUAAGCUUUGUAUUAAUAUUGUUUUUUACACCCCCUGUGCCUCAGCUUGAAAAAGCCCACUGGACUAGCCCAGAUGGAUGCAAUUUUGAACUGCAGAGCAGAUGAUUUGGAAGAUUACUACAACUUGCUAGGAUGUGAUGAACUGUCUACGGUUGAACAAAUUCUUGCAGAAUUUAAGAUUAAAGCCCUUGAAUGUCAUCCUGACAAACAUCCUGGAAACCCCAAAGCAGUGGAGAAUUUCCAGAAGCUGCAGCAAGCUAAGGAGAUUCUUAUUAAUGAAGAGAGUCGAGCACGCUAUGAUUACUGGCGGAGAAGCAAAAUCACCAUUCCGUUCCAGCAGUGGGAGGCCCUGAGCAACUCUGUGAAAACGUCAAUGCACUGGGCUGUCCAAAAUAAAAAAGACCAAAUGCUGGAAGCUCCUGACUUGAAUAAUAGCAACAACAUAACUAAUGAGAUUUGGACCCAGCAAUCUGAAAACGAUGAAUUGUCAGAUGGGAACAGGGAGCAAAAAGAUGUUGCAAUUCCUGAUGAGAAACCACAGUCUUCAAAGAAUCCAGACUCCCCAAGGUUUUCAGAGGCAAAUUACUGGCACUUACGUUUCCGCUGGUCAGGGGACACCCCAUCAGAGCUUCUGAGGAAAUUCAGAAACUAUGAGAUCUAAAAUGCAAAAUACGCAGGAGUGUGAGAUCGUCUGUUCAACAAUUCAGUAUUUUUUGCAGCAGCUUUAAGUUAUUUGUAUUUAGUAUUCAUUCACUGUGAUGUGAACAUUGUUUGAAUAGAUGUCUUAAUACUUAUCUGUUAACACACGUUCUAUGAGCAUUACAGAUGGAGGUUUUGUUUAAUAAGCAAGCUUUAAUAAGCAAAGUCCUUUUCAGUAUUAACAUAAAGUAAUUUUGUGUAGUUAUCUAAUAUCUUAUAUAUUGUUUCUUGUAUUAUUAAAUGUUAUGUAGUAAGUAGUAUUUUUCUCUACACUGUGAGGUAAAAAUAUACUCUCAGUAGAACCAAAAGUUCAUGCUAGACUCCAGGAUAUUAUGCUGUUAAGUGAUGAUCUUCCAAAAGCUGUAUGACAAUGAACUUCAAACAAAACUGUGCUUAUUUCUAAACUAUGUACUUUGGUUAUCUUCUUUUAUUGCAUUGUACUUACUACAGUGAUUUGUAAUGCAUGCAUGCACAAGGCUAUAACAAUACUAUAACUUGUUGGACAAUUACUUACAAUAUAAAUGCAGUAAGAACCUUCUUAUUAUCCAGAAGGUCACUGUGCUGGAUCAAGCACUCUUAAAAAUCACCUGCAUUCUUAAUAAGUAAGUUUUUCUGCACCAAGUAUUUAUUUUGGAAGGCAGUUCCAGAACCUCACUUCAGAUAGAAACAUUCUUGUUACGAUUUACUGGUGGACAUCUGAUACCCCUUGUAUGUAUGCCAGCAUUGUCCUGGCUUGGUAGUAACUGCCCUCCCUGCUGUGGCCUCAUAUAUAGGGCCAUAUCAGGGUUUGUAUGCUAAGUAAUGAAAAAUCAGGCCAGUUACCAUUAAUGUGUUUAAAAUCUUACAGGUCCAGCUUUUGGUAUUUUGAACAAACUUUUAAAAUUCUGUUGCACUUGUUCGUUUUGCAUUUGCUUCCUUUUUUGUAACCCUGGCUAAUAUGUCAGUACAUGUACUUUUGUGUACACAAUUCCAUCAGUAAUUCUAACAAAUAAAGCUACAUACAUACAGAAAG